AAUAAAGGAAAGAAAGGUCUAGACUACCUGUGUUGCCUUUGACCAACCUCUGAAUUCACCGUGUUGUGUUGUUGUGAAUCAGAAUCGUUAUCAGCGGUCUACCUGACAAACUCCGAGGAUAGACCGUAGCCUGAAGGUACGGGCACACCUGAACAACGGACUCACCUGCAGAGACGCUACCGGUGCUGUUUUCGUGGAGUGUGGGCUGGGAGAAAAACAACGGAUAAAAAGAGAAAGAAAACGGGAUAGGUAGAAGACAGAAACUACAGAGCUACAAAGUUUGUUGUUAAGGUGGAGAAGGAGGGAGGAGUGCGCGAAGAAGAAGAGAGGGGAACAAUCCUUACCGUUUAAUUAAUUUUUUCUCCAGCGGGAAGUUUUUUUUUCUUCACCGGUUUACCUGGAGUAUAUUGAUUAGACGACAGAUUAUCCGUAAAAAGCGAGCAUGCCGCGAGCCUUCCUUGUAAAGAAGGCGAGAUACUCUCCCGGUAAGCGGAACUGGAGCGAGCAGCCAGACCACGAGCGCGGGUACGUCUAUAUCCCAGUGUCUGCAUUCCCCUUAUUGGAGGAGACUGAAGCCAGCCCAGCAGAGACCGCUCUCUGUCUCUCCACGACGACACGCUACGAAUACACCAAACGCACAGAAUCACUCCUGCAUGACGUGCACAGCGUGAUGACCCCUAGAGCGGAGCUGCCCUCGUGCACGGUGCUGGGUCAACCCCAAAGCCCGGGUCAGGGGUUGGAGGUCAAGAGGAGGGCACAGAGCAGCACCUACGUCCGCUCCAAAAUCAAGGUGACUACAGGUGAGCUACCCAGUGAGAUUCCAAUACCUCCCCGGCCUUCCGUCCCCGAAAUCACCACCACACCUGUUGCCUUGACGACGUCCGCUACUGGCCCGGUCUCCACAGUAACGAGGUCAGGGACAGGUGCUCAGGCGUCGUUCGUGUGCCAGAUGUGCCAGAAGGUGUUCCAGUACCAGAGGAUGUUGAACCGGCACCUGAAGUGUCACAGUGAUACAAAGAGACACCUGUGUAACCACUGUGGUAAAGGAUUUAACGACACCUUCGACCUGAAGAGACACGUCAGGACACACACAGGAGUACGUCCCUACAAGUGUUCUCUCUGUGACAAGGCCUUCACCCAGCGCUGCUCUCUAGAGUCUCACAUGAAGAAGAUCCACGGUGUGACCCUGCAGUACGCCUUUAAGGAGAGACGCAACAAACUCUACGUCUGUGAGGAGUGUGGCCACACCGCCCCUUCCCAGGAUGCACUGCUCAAACACUACCACGCCCUCCACCCCAACUCCGCCUUCCUGAGGGUGAAGGGAGGGACAGGGGCGGGGGGUGAGGGGGGUGAGGAGUCAAUGCCUGGGUCGCCGCUUUCGAACAGUCAGUAUAGUGAUGAUACUACAGGAUCAGGGGGGCAAUAG